UAUGUAUUCCCCUUACCUUAGGGCUUAUGAUUUUCAAUGCCCGUCGCCAGCGGCGAUUCGGGAGCUCCCCAUUGUGUGACGGACAAUGCCGCAAUCUGGUGCUUCUUCCUCCUCCUGAGGCUGUAAGUAGCGACUCAGGAGCUCCGGCAGCAAGAAAUUCGUCGACAUUCCCGCCGUCGCGCGUCGCGGCAUUCGCAUCGCUGCUCCAGCAAUGCGGCCGCUCCAGAUCACUGCCCGACGGCCGGAGAAUCCACGCCGAGAUCGUCGACACCGGCCUGGGCAAGGAUCUCUUCCUGGGCAACCAUCUCAUCCAAAUGUAUGGCAAAUGCGGCGCCAUGGAAGAUGCCAGGGCCGUCUUCGAGAAGAUAGAGUCUCCAAAUGUUUUCUCCUGGAGCAUCAUCAUCGGUGCCUGCGUCGACAACGGCCUCGCCAGGAGAGCUCUCGAGCUCUACCACUGGAUGGAUCAUCAAGGCGUCAGGCUCGACAUGGUGGUGCUCAUCAAUCUCGUCAGCGCUUGCUCGAGCCUGGGCUCCCUGGAUCAUGGAAGAGCUCUCGAAGCUCGAAUCACUUCCAUGGGAUUCCACCUCCAUCCCGUGGUCCGGAACUCGCUGCUCAACAUGUACUGCAAGGCCGGGAGCCUCGACGACGCGAGGAAGUUCUUCCAGGACAUGGCUGGCGACCAGAGCGUUGUCUCGUGGACGGCAAUGAUCUCCGGUUUUGCUCUCCACGGCCGUGAGGACCUCGCACUGGAUUUCUUCCGGAAGAUGGUGGCAGAGGGGGUGAGGCCGAACGAAGUGACUUUCGUGAGUAUACUCGGUGCCUGUGCCGCCGCCCGAGAUGUCAAGCAUGGCACGGCCAUCCACGAGCUCGUGGAGAGCUCCGAGUUUGGCAGGAGCUACUUGAGCGUCGGGACCGCGCUGAUCGACAUGUAUGGGAAGUGCGGGAGGCCGGAGCUGGCGUCAAGAGUUUUUGAGAAGAUGGAGCGCAGAGAUCUGGUGGUCUGGAACGCAAUGAUCACGGUGUGCUCGCAGCAAGGACUGGACGAACAGGCUCUGAGACUGUUCCGGGUGAUGGACUUGGAGGGGCAUACUCCCGACGAGGUCACUCUCGUCGCAGCCCUCGAGGCCUGCUCCAACUUAAACUCGCUCGCUGCCGGGAAGAAACUCCAUGAGCUCAUUCUCGACGCCGGUCUCGACUCCUCGAUCGUGAGGAACUCGCUGCUCCACAUGUAUGGGAAGUGCGGUGGCCUGGACGAAGCGAGGAGAGUGUUUGAGCACUGCGGUGACUGCCGGAACUUGAUCACCUGGAGCACGAUGAUCGCGGCUUACAGCUUGAAUGGAGACGGCAGGCAGGCACUCUCGCUGUACAAGAAGAUGGAUCUCGAGGGACUGAAGCCGGACGAGUACACUUUCACGAGCCUCCUGGACGCGUGCUCCAUAGCCGGCGACGCUCUCGCCGAGGGACGAGCUCUCCACAGGCGCCUCGAGGCCAAGGGACUGGAGAAGAAGAUGGUGCUCGCGACUGCUCUUGUCAACAUGUAUGGACGAUACGGCCAGCUCGAGGACGCGCUGAGAGUCUUUGAGAAGAUGAACCACUGGAACUUGGUGGCCUGGACGGCUCUCAUAGCGGCCUUUGCUCAGCACGGCGACGUCCACGCGAUCGAUCUCUCGUGGAGAAUGCAUCUCGAGGGCGUCCAGGCCGAUGACAUCGUCUUCCUCAGCGUGCUCCACGCUUGCAGCCACGCCGGGGUCCUCGAGGCUGGACUGAGCUGCUUCCAGGGAAUGGUGGCCGACUUUGGAGUGAGAGGUGGCGCUGCUCACUACAGCUGCAUGGUGGAUCUCCUGGCCCGCUGUGGACGAGUUGCCGAGGCCGAGGAGUUGCUCCACAGCAUGCCUUUCGAGCCGGCUCACAUGGAGAUGAAGACGCUGUUAGCUGCGUGCCGGGUGAGCGGAGAUACUCCCCGGGGAGCUCGGGUGGCGCGUCUCGCGUCGGGUCUGAUACCGCUUGAUGCCGCUCCCUACGUGCUCAUGUCUCACGCUUACGCCGCCGCGGAGAAGUGGGACGAGGUGGCGGAAGUCCGAGAGAGAAUGGCGAAGCUGGGCGUGAAGAAGCCGAGGGGCUGGAGCUGCGUGGAGGUGAAGAACAGGGUCCAUCAGUUCUUUGCUGGGAACUUCUCGUGGCAUUCGGAGGCUGCCGAGAUCGAGGUGGAGCUACGGCGGUUGCAAGCGGUGGUGAAGGAGGCCGGCUACGUUCCGGAUACUGGACAGAUCGGACACUGUGUUCAGGAGGAUGACAAGGAGGAUCUGCUGGCUCUCCACAGCGAACGAGUGGCUAUCGCGUUUGGACUGCUGCGAGUUCCGGCCGGGCUUCCCAUUCACGUCGUGAAGAACCUCCGGGUGUGCUCCGACUGCCAUGCAGUGGCCAAGAUCAUUUCUAGGAGUGUGGGAAGGAGGAUCGUGGUGAGAGAUGCGUACCGGUUCCACCGCUUUGAGAAUGGCACUUGCUCCUGUGGAGACUACUGGUGAUCAGCUUGUUGAAGACCUGGAGCUUGU